UCACGGAUCAGUGGGGAAAUGCCGCGAGCUAUAUUCAAAGCAACUAUGCUGGAUUUGGGACAGGAGCCAUACCCAAAGGGUGUGGGUUUACACUACAAAACCGUGGGAGGAAAGAGACCAUAUCACACGAUCAUUCCAGCAUUGGUCACUCGUGGAGAGGAGUUAUUCAUCACCUAUGGUGUAAUGGGCGGAUUCAUGCAACCACAGGGCCAUGUUCAAGUCCUCUUGAACCUGCUUAGGGGAUGGAAUCCCCUGGAUGCUCUAGAUGCCCCUCGUUUCUGCAUAUCUCCAGGCCUUCCGGAUGCACCAGUCAAAGAAGCACAGGAUGCCGGAAAUAUCAAUAGUGAAGUAUACUUUGAACCAGGGAUCACCGACGCCGUAGUUCAGACCUUGAGAGGAAUGGGUCAUGAUGCCCGUCAAGUGACAGGUCCGCAGAGAGGAAUGAUGGGUCGUGGACAGAUUAUUCAAAAGCUCAAGACAGCAGAUGGAAGUCUCGUGGCAGGCAGCCAGCUCAUGGAUGAACUCCGUUUACUACAACAGCCCCCAUCCAAGGAUGAAGCUGAGCUUAAGACUUUGAAUCUAUUAAAUUCUCGGCUUCCAACAUGGGAUGCAUUGUUGAAGCUACCAGACUUUGCUGACUGGGUCGAGCUAUCAGAACGUGAAUCGUCAAAACUACAGUCCGAGCUAGCAAAAUCCACCGAAAAAGUGACACAAGAGCGAGCAUCCUGCAUUGAACAAAUUCGGGAGACAGUGACAACAGCUCAGGAUGCUGCGCUGUUACGACAUAUCCUAAGCGAUGAUAUCACUGCGCUAUCUGAGGAAAUUGUAUCCUCCUAUGAGCAUGGAAUAACACAACCAACUUUGCUCGAAGGCUUUGAAGACCUACACCGAAAACUCAAUGAACUCGAACACGUUCGGCAAUAUGUGAAAGUUGUUCAACAAGGACUAAAGCUAAG